GAAGAGUGAGAACCCUAUUUGAAACCCUCAAAACACCAAAAUCUUGUCCAGACCAAAACAUUGUACUUCGCUCACUGGCUCUCCAUAUCGCUUUCUAUAAGCAGACGGCAGACUCCACUCUCUCCCUCUCUCUUUAUAUAUAUUUGGAUUCCAUUUCCCAUUCCGAACCCUAGAAGAAUUCGUAUCAUAUUGAAGAAAAUCCGAAGAUCUGAAGAUGGGCGACAGUAGUGCCCCCGCCGCCACGAAGCUCCCUGUUCCUGGGAAGCGGAAUAUCCUCAUCACCAGCGCCUUGCCUUACGUCAAUAACGUUCCCCAUCUCGGCAACAUCAUCGGAUGCGUCCUGAGUGCUGAUGUAUUUGCGCGGUACUGCCGGAUGAGAGGAUAUAAUGCGAUUUACAUUUGUGGUACGGAUGAGUACGGGACUGCAACUGAGACUAAGGCAAUGGAGGAAGGGUGCUCUCCAAAGGAAAUUUGUGACAAAUAUCAUGCUAUUCACAAAGACGUAUAUCAGUGGUUCAAUAUAAGCUUUGAUGAGUUUGGGCGUACUUCAAGUCCACAGCAGACUGAAGUUUGUCAAGCAAUUUUUAAAAAGUUGUUGGAGAAUAAUUGGCUUUCAGAAAAUACAAUGCAACAGCUCUAUUGUGAUACUUGCAAAAGAUUCUUGGCUGAUCGGCUUGUGGAGGGUAAUUGUCCAACACCAGGUUGCAAUUAUGAUUCUGCACGUGGAGAUCAGUGUGAAAAGUGUGGGAAGCUUUUAAAUCCCACAGAACUACUUGACCCAAAAUGCAAGGUCUGCCGUAAUACUCCACGGAUCCGUGAUACAAAUCACCUUUUUCUUGAGCUUCCUCUGCUGAAGGAUAGAUUAGAAGAAUACAUUCGCACCACGUCUGUGGCUGGAGGAUGGAGUCAGAAUGCUAUUCAAGCAACACAUGCUUGGCUUAGAGAAGGGUUGAAACCACGGUGUAUCACAAGAGAUUUGAAAUGGGGAGUUCCUGUUCCACACGAGAAAUUCAAGGACAAGGUUUUCUAUGUAUGGUUUGAUGCGCCUAUUGGAUAUGUCUCAAUCACGUCAUGCCACACACCAGAAUGGGAGAAGUGGUGGAAGAAUCCUGAAAAUGUGGAACUGUUCCAGUUUAUGGGCAAGGAUAAUGUGCCUUUUCAUACUGUGAUGUUCCCCUCAACUCUUCUUGGAACAGGUGAAAAUUGGACUUUCAUGAAAACCAUCAGCGUUACAGAAUACUUGAACUAUGAAACAGGGAAAUUCUCAAAGAGUAAGGGUGUGGGAGUGUUUGGAAAUGAUGCAAAAGACACAAAUAUCCCUGUGGAGGUGUGGAGAUACUAUUUGUUGACAAAUAGGCCAGAGGUAUCAGACACCUUGUUCACGUGGGUUGACUUGCAAGCAAAGUUGAAUAGCGAGCUUCUGAGCAAUCUAGGAAAUUUUAUCAACCGAGUCUUGAGUUUCAUUGCCAAAGACCCAGCUUCAGGCUAUGGUUCAAUCAUUCCUGAUGCUCAGGGUGCUGAUUCUCAUCCAUUGACAAAAGCAUUGGGAGAGAAAGUGGGUAGUUAUGUCGAGCAGUAUAUAGAAGCAAUGGAGAAGGUGAAACUAAAACAAGGCUUGAAGCUUGCUAUGACUGUAUCUGGUGAAGGAAAUGCUUAUUUGCAAGAAAGCCAAUUUUGGAAGCUUUACAAGGAGGAUCGGCCUUCCUGUUCUGUGGUCAUGAAAACUUCGGCUGGACUAGUUUACCUUCUUGCAUGUCUCCUAGAGCCUUUUAUGCCAUCUUUCUCCCUUGGGGUACUUAAGCAGCUCAACUUGCCACUUGAGACACAACUCUCACUUUCUGAUGAGAAAGGUGAUGUUGAAAGGGCUAAAAGACCUUGGGAUAUCCUACCUGCUGGUCAUAAAAUUGGGACUCCUGCACCGUUGUUCAGAGAACUGAAAGAUGAGGAGGUAGAGUUUUAUAGGGAGAAAUUUGCUGGAAGUCAAGCGGAUAGAAUUGUGAAGGCCCAAGCUGAAUCUGAGGCCAAAAAACUUGCUGGAAAACUUAAGGAAACAAAAGUUUCAGAUGGUAAUAAUGCAAAGAAGGAUCGCCCAAAAAAAUCUGCUGACUCAAAGCCCAAGGCUUCAGCUCCUGCCGAGUCUGAAAUAUCUGUUAGUAGACUAGAUAUCAGAGUUGGCCUCAUUACAAAGGCUCAGAAACAUCCUGAUGCUGAUUCUUUAUAUGUGGAAGAGAUUGAUGUUGGUGAACCACAGCCCCGCACAGUCGUUAGUGGCCUGGUCAAGUAUAUACCACUUGAAGACAUGCAGAAUCGGAAGGUAUGUGUUCUUUGUAACCUGAAGCCAGCAUCGAUGAGGGGUAUAAAGUCUCAAGCAAUGGUCCUUGCAGCUUCUAACAGUGAUCACACCAAGGUUGAGUUGGUUGAGCCUCCCCAGGGGGCUGCUGUCGGUGAACGAGUAACAUUCCCAGGGUUUGAUGGCUUGCCCGAUGAUGUCCUCAACCCGAAGAAGAAGGUGUGGGAAACAGUUCAAGUGGAUUUGCAUACUGAUAAAGAGUUGGUGGCCCGCUACAAAGAUUUGCCAUUUACAACAUCAGCCGGUGUCUGCAGGGUUGCAUCAAUUACUGAAGGCUCAAUCAGAUAAGAUUAGCAUUCUGUAAACUUAAUAGAAUAUCCCAGUUUUUGUCCCAUUGAUACUUGAUCUUGAACCAGCAAUUUGUCUGAUUAUUGUGGAAAGGUGAAGUACAAAACACACCAUAAGUUGUCUGAUUUAAAUGACUAGGGUUUUGCAAGUUUCUUUGCAUAUCCUUUUAUAAUGGUAAUCAAUUAGUUUCCUUUUUUUCUCUUCA